AUGUUCCCAGAUAGUUGGAAGUUAGCAGACGUGACCCCAGUUUUUAAAAAUGAUGAUCCAUCACUAGUUAACAAUUACAGACCUAUUUCUCUAUUAAGUCUCCUCUCAAAAACUUUGGAAAGGUGUGUUCACAAUCACUGUCUUGCCCACAUAUCUCCCCAAUUGUAUCGUAUGCAACAUGGCUUCUUGAAAGGAAGAUCUACCGUUACUCAACUUCUUGCGGUUUAUCAAGACACCAUUGAAGGCCUGGCUGAAGGUAAAGAAACGGACAUAAUCUAUUUGGACUUUAGCAAAGCUUUUGAUAAAGUGCCGCACUCUUCUCUUAUCAGAAAAUUACCUCUCUUCGGCAUAACAGGCGACUUAUUACUUUGGUUUAAAAGUUACCUCUCAGGAAGACACCAACGAGUUACCCUGCAAGGACUAUAGUCCGAAAGUCUUGAAGUUUAUUCCGGUGUCCCAUAAGGUUCUAUUCUAGGGCCACUCUUGUUCCUGGUUUAUAUAGAUGACCUGCCAGGGUACAUUAAAAAUAAGUCCAAGGUUGCCCUAUUUGCUGACGACUCCAAACUGUACAAGACAAUCUCAAAAUUAUCGGAUUCUGAAGCUCUUCAAGAAGACCUUUCCUGUCUUUCUGACUGGUGUAAAGAUUGGAAUAUGGACUUCAAUACAUCCAAAUGCAAGGCUCUAAACAUCUCCAAAAAGAAAUCCCCUACUGUACGGAAUUACCAGCUUAAUAACGAAUCACUGGUCACUGUUAAAGAGAUCACUGACUUGGGAAUUUCCAUCAAUGACAAGCUGCUCUGCUCCUCGCAUAUCGCUCAGAUAUCCAAACGAGCCAAUCGCACUUUGGGUCACGUGAAAAGAUUGUGCAGGUAUUUUCUGGAUUCCGAAAUCAGCAAACUCCUAUAUUGCCAAAUCGUACGCCCCAUAAUGGAAUAUGCAAGUGAACUCUGGUCACCAUACACCAUUAAAUACCAGAUGAUAUUGGAAAACGUGCAACGCAGGGCUACAAAAUUUAUAUUAAAUUAUCCUGACGAUCUCAAUUACAAACAGCGCCUCCUUAAGUUAUCCUUGUUACCUUUGGAGUAUAGAAGAGAUUCGAAAGGCAUGAUUCUUUUAUUCAAACACAGACUAUAAGCUUAAUAGUUCUAGAUCAUCCCUCCCUACAACAGUGCUCUGCCCAACAUCGUGUAAUUACCCGUAACUUUUCCUCCCUGAAUUACAAGACACAGCGAGCAACUCAAAAUUACCUAAAAUACUCCUAUUUCCACCGUGUCGUUUCCAUCUGGAACUCACUACCACUGGAUAUCAAAAGUUUAACAAACUUGGUAACUUUUAAAAAAGCUAUCUCAGACUAUUAUACGAUGAAACUUGAUUCUUAUAUUCUUCCAGACGAAAGACGUACUUAACUAAUUUUAGACUAAUUACUGUAAUAUAUUCCACUAAUUUAAUAUUUUAUCAUGUUUUUUAGCCAUCAGGGGUUUGAUGUCAAUUGGGGCUUUGCCCUGUUUCUUUCUCCUGUUGUCACUGUAAAGCUGAUAACUAAUUCAAUAAAUUCAAAUUCAAAUACUAGUUAA